CAAUAAAUACAUAUGCGAGGUCUCUUUGUCCUAAUUUUCUCUCUCUCUCUCUCAAAUGAAGCUUCAAGCUAUGGAGCUUAUUCCAUUUGGCAAAUCUCACGCACUAAAAAAGACGCCAUUAACUAUAGUCCUACUAGGAACCUUUGCCCUACUUCUUCUCACAAUAAUUCCUCUAUGUUACCCUUUACCAGGGUACCCUUCAUAUUUGCUGCAAAAUUUUCCUAAGUCACCACCUUCUUCAUCACAUGGUCUUAAGGAUGAUGACCCAGUAACUAAGAAAUGCGAUAUAUUCUCUGGAGAAUGGGUACCAAAUCCUGAAGCCCCAUACUACACAAAUACAACAUGUUGGGCAAUACAUGAGCAUCAAAAUUGCAUGAAAUAUGGCAGACCAGACACAGAGUUCAUGAAAUGGAGAUGGAAACCUGAUGGGUGUGAGCUACCAGUUUUUGACCCUGCUCAGUUCCUGCAAAUUGUUAGAGGCAAAUCUAUGGCCUUUGUUGGAGACUCUGUGGGUAGAAACCAAAUGCAGUCUUUGAUAUGCCUUCUUUCCAGGGUGGAAUAUCCCAUAGAUGUUUCAUAUACACCAGAUGAGCAAUUCAAACGUUGGAGGUACCCAUCUUACAAUUUCACCAUGGCAACAUUUUGGUCACCCCAUUUAGUGAAGGCAGAAGAAGCAGAUGCCAAUGGACCAACCCAUACUGGCCUUUUCAAUCUCUACCUUGAUCAAUUCAAUGAAGAAUGGACUACCCAGAUCGAAGAAUUCGAUUAUCUCAUCAUAAAUGCUGGCCAUUGGUUCUUUCGUCCAUCUGUUUACUACCAAAAUCACCAAAUUGUUGGCUGCCGCUUUUGCCUCUUAGACAAUGUCACAGAUUUGCCAAUGUCUUAUGGGUACAGAAUGGCUUUUAGGACUGCCUUUAGAGCUAUUAAUAGCUUAGAGAAUUUUAAGGGCAUAACCUUCCUUAGGACAUUUGCACCUUCACACUUUGAAAAUGGCGAGUGGAACCGAGGGGGUAAUUGCUUGAGAACAAGACCUUAUAGGACCAAUGAAACCAAAUUAGAGGGUAUAAACUUGGACCUCUAUGUGACCCAAGUAGAGGAGUUUAAGCUUGCCGAAAGGGAAGGGAAUAAAGUGGGCUUGAAGUUUAGGUUGCUUGACACUACACAGGCCAUGUUGCUGAGACCAGACGGUCACCCGAGUAGAUAUGGGCAUUGGCCACAUGAAAAUGUCACAUUGUAUAAUGAUUGUGUGCACUGGUGCUUGCCUGGACCAAUUGACACAUGGAGUGAUUUCUUGCUGGAGAUGUUGAAGAUGGAAGGCGGCGGUCAUGAUAAGAACUCAAAUCAGGAGAAGCUUCGUUCAAGUGACAGGAAAAUGAAGUUCAGAUAAAUUCAUUUCUUUGUAAAUUUUUUUUUAGCUUUUAUUAAUUUAGUGGUUCUUUAUUUUUGUAUUUCAGGCUUGUGGUGGAUUAAUUUGUAAAUCUAGAUUCAUGCAAUGAGAUGGAUGCAUAUACGAUGAUGAGCUUCA